CAACCAAAGAAUCCGAAGCUUUCCGAAACUGUUUAUCGACAAGUAUUUUCAGGUUUAAAAUGCAUAUUUUUAAUUAAAACAUAAUAACAUCAGUAAAAGCAUCAUAGAAACAUGGGCGAAAAGACAGCCCCUACAUCCCAGCUUCGAUUGGAAUGGGUUUACGGCUACAGAGGUCACCAAUGUCGCAACAAUCUCUUUAUUACCGGCAGCAAAGAUAUCGUUUAUUUUGUAGCCGGUGUUGGCAUAGUUUAUAACCCGAGGGAAAACAAGCAACGAUUCUUUCUUGGUCAUGAUGAUGACAUUUUGUGCCUCACACUUCAUCCAGAUAAAGCCUUAAUUGCUACAGGACAGACUGGCAAAGCUCCAUUCAUUUGCGUGUGGGACAGUAACUCUCUUAAUACACUCUCCAUCUUGAAGGGAGGUCAUACUCAUGGAGUUGGAGGGGUAUCCUUUGAUAAAGAUGGAAAUCGACUUGUGUCAGUGGGCAUUGAUCCUCAAGCAACAAUAUGUGUCUGGGACUGGAAAAAGGGCAAAGUUAUUGCAACUGUUAGAGGUCAUACGGAUAGGGUUUUUGACAUUAAGUUCAACCCAUAUCAAGACAAUGUAAUUGCCAGCUGUGGUGUGAAACACAUUAAGUUUUGGUCCCUGUGUGGAAAUGCUCUAUCUGCGAAGAAAGGCAUCUUUGGGAAAGAAGGAGAGAUUCAGACUAUUCUGUGUGUCAGUUUUGGUCCAAGUGACAUUACAUAUUCUGGCACACUUGGAGGAGAUAUAUAUAUCUGGAGGGCUAAUAGGCUGGACAGAGUCAUCCAGGCUGCACAUAAGGGAGCGAUUUACUCAAUUGAUAUGUCAGAGGAAGGCUACAGCACUGGAAGUAAAGAUGGGACGAUUAAACUCUGGGAUAGUGACUUUAAACCAAUAACCACUGUCAAUCUGGUAACUGCUAAAGAUGGCUAUAAAGGUCUAUGUGUACGGAGUGUGUGUUGGCGAGGUGAGAAGGUUCUGAUAGGAACACAGGAUAGCGAGAUAUUUGAAGUAGGAGCUCACGACAGAGACAAGCCUCGUUGUCUGGUUCAAGGUCAUGCAGAGGGAGAGUUAUGGGCCUUGGCAAUACACCCUCGUAAACCUGUGUUUGCUACAGGUAGUGAUGAUCAGACAUUGAGGCUCUGGAGUAUGAACAGUUUUGAGAUAUUGUCAAAGACAACAUUGGAACAAAAGAUACGCUCCUGUGCAUUUGACAAUGACGGAGGACAAUUAGCAGUUGGAAUGAUGGAUGGAUCUUUUAUUGUUCUCAAAUCUAGGGACCUGUCAGAAGUCAUACAUAUCAAGGACAGGAAGGAAGUUAUACAUGAACUCAAAUAUUCACCCUGUGGUAAAUAUCUGGCUGUCGGCUCGAACGACAAUUUUGUCGACAUUUAUUCGGUAGAGCAGAGAUAUAAACGUGUCGGCACAUGCUCGGGGAGUUCUAGCUUUAUCACACAUCUUGACUGGUCGGAGGAUAGCAAGUACAUACAGACAAACAGUGGAGCUGCAGAGAGACUUGUGUUUAAGAUGCCAGCUGGGAAACAGGCCACAAACAAAGAUGAACUUGGCGCCAUUCACUGGUCAUCGUUUACGGGUGUGUUAGGUCAGGAGGUGAACGGUAUUUGGGAGAAGUACACGGACACAAAUGAUGUAAAUGCCGCAGAUGCUUACUUUGAAGGCGAGACUGUCGUGACUGGCGAUGAUUUUGGUCUCGUGAAACUCUUCAAAUUUCCUUGUUUGAAAAAGGGUGCCAAGUUUCGGAAAUAUGUCGGUCACUCAGCUCACGUCACCAAUGUUCGAUUUUCCAACGAUAAGCAGCGUGUUAUAUCAACUGGAGGCGGAGAUCAUGCUAUAUUCCAGUGGAAAUUUCUCCCGGCUGGUCACUCGGAAAAUGACAUGGCAGAUCCACAACAUGGUUUUGUGGACUCUAACAGUGAGGAGAGUGACUCUGACUUAAGUGAUGUUGGGGCUAUAGACAGUGAUCUGGAACAAGAGAAACAAGUGUCCUAUCAGCGUUCUAUAUACCGGGAAGAUGCCGUCAAAAUGAAGAAACUUAUGAAGGAAGAAUUGGGUGCGGGCAAGAAAAGGAAAAUGGCUCCAGCUGAUAGUCUGAAGCUAGAGUUUGUUCACGGUUACCGAGGCUAUGACUGUAGGAAUAAUUUAUUUUACACACAGUCUGGGGAAAUUGUGUAUCAUGUAGCAGCUGUAGCUAUACUAUAUAACAAGGAGAAAAAUGCUCAAAGAUUUUACCUGGAACAUACAGAUGAUAUCCUUUGUCUCUCAAUACAUCCUCUCAAAGACCUUAUAGCAACUGGACAGGUUGGCAGAGAUCCUUCAGUACAUGUGUGGGAUGCUGAGACACUAAAAUCUGUCUCAGUGCUCAAAGGUCACCAUGAAAGGGGAGUGUGUGCAGUGGACUUCUCAGGAGAUGGCAAGAAACUUGUGUCAGUAGGUCUGGAUGAUAACCAUUCUAUUGUAGUUUGGGAUUGGAGGAAGGGAGAGAAACUAGCAACAACUAGGGGUCAUAAAGAUAAGAUAUUUGUGGUGAAAUGGAAUCCAUUUGAUAACAACAAACUUAUCACAGUUGGUAUAAAACAUAUCAAAUUCUGGACACAGGCAGGUGGAGGGUUCACUUCAAGUCGAGGAACAUUUGGAAAGGUAGCAAAGAAUUGUGAUAUGCUAUGUAUAGCUUUUGGAAAGACUGAAGACCUAACAUACUCUGGUGGCAGUGAUGGUCAUGUGUUUGUUUGGGCUGGAACUAACUUACAAAAGACUGUGAAGGCUCAUGAAGGUCCUCUGUUUGCCAUGCAUUCAUUGGAUAAGGGAUUUGUAACUGGAGGUAAAGAUGGAGUUAUAGGCCUCUGGGAUGAUCAGUUUGAUAGAUGCUUAAAGAACUACAAUAUCAAACAAGAGAACCUAUCCCAGCAGUCUCGGGGUCGUCUGCUCACCGACUCGCCUGCUGUACGUGCCAUAGUGUUAGGACAUGGUAAAAUUCUUGUGGGAACAAAGAAUGGCGAGAUUCUAGAGGUUGAUAAAGCAGGGCCGAUGACACUUCUUACGCAAGGACAUUUGGAGGGAGAAGUAUGGGGUCUAUCUGUCCAUCCUAUCAAAGAUUUCUGUGUGACAACCAGUGAUGAUAAGACACUUCGUGUGUGGGAUAUCUCAGAUUCUCACAAGUUGGUCAACUUUAAAAUACUCAAACAGGGAGCUAGAUGUGUAGAUUUCUCACCAGACGGCAAAUUCCUGGCUAUCGGCCUGAGAGACGGAAGCUUUAUGGUGGUCAAUUCAGACAGUAUGGAAGAAGUUAUUUCAUUACAUCAUAGAAAGGAAGAGAUUGCUGAUAUAAAAUUUUCUCCAGAUACAGGAAAAUACUUGGCUGUGGCAUCCCAUGACAAUUUUGUGGACAUAUACAAUGUUCUCGGCCAGAAACGAGUGGGAACAUGUAAAGGGGCAUCAAGCUAUAUUACUCAUAUUGAUUGGGACAAACAAGGGAAAGUAAUCAUGGUAAAUUCUGGAGCAAAGGAGCAAUUAUUCUUUGAGGCACCACGAGGGAGAAGGAUCACUCUUAGAAAUCAAGAAAUUGAGAAAUUUGACUGGCACUCAUGGACAUCGGUUCUAGGCGUGACCUGCGAGGGUCUGUGGCCACCAAAAUGUGACAUAACGGACAUUAACGCCACUUGUGCAGCCAGUGAUAUGUCUGUGAUUGCUACAGCUGACGAUUUUGGAUUUGUGAAACUUUUCAACUAUCCAGCGAAGGGAAAAUUUGCAAAGUACAAGAAAUAUGUAGGUCACAGUGCCCACGUGACCAACUGUAGAUUUUCCAAGGGAGAUAAGAAACUUGUAACUACAGGCGGAGCAGACACAUCUGUCAUGGUUUGGAAUCACAUCGCGGCAGUAAAUAGAACAACUGCGUGCGGGGAGAGUGACGAGUCGGAUACUGACUCUGAAGAAGAAGGAGGAUAUGAUAGUGAUGUUGAGAGGGAGAAGAACAUAGAUUAUUCCAAGAAAAUUUACCUGAAUCCAAUACAAGAGAAAGAUGGUGUGAGACCUCAUCUUCAGGAGAUAAAAACUGUUGAUAAGCCAAGUGUGAGUAGAAGUGCUCCAGAACCUCCGAAAGUAAAGAGAGCUGAAACACCGCUGACCUCUGGUGGUAAAAGAAGGAAAACUACGCAAGUCACUGAUCUACAGUUAGAGUAUAUCCAUGGUUACCGUGGGUUUGAUGCACGCAAUAACUUACACUAUGUAAAUGAUGGUGCAGAUAUUGUCUUCCACGCAGCCGGAGCGGGAAUUGUGAAAAAUAUAGCUUCAGGGAGUCAGUCAUUCUAUUUACAGCACACUGAUGACAUCAUUUGCCUUGCCAUUAACCAACAUCCAAAGUUUAAAAGCAUAGUAGCUACUGGACAAAUUGGCAACCCGCCAAGUGUACAUAUCUGGAAUACCGUUACCAAGGAAACACUGUCAAUACUAAGGGGAGAGCACUCUAAGGGCGUAUGUGCAGUGGAUUUCUCAUGCACUGGGAAGUAUGUAGUCACUGUUGGCUUGGAGAAUAACGUGACAGUUUGGAGAUGGCAGGAAGGUGCUUGUUUAGCAACUGCCUCAGCUCACAGUGAAAGAAUAUUCCGAGCCGAGUUCCGGCCUGACUCUGAUAGUCAGUUUGUUACUGUUGGUGUGAAACAUGUGAAAUUUUGGACAGUUGCUGGAAACCAGCUGAUGGGUAAGAGAGCUGUUCUAACUGAUGCUGGAAUGGGAACCGAUAUAAAGAAAUUACAGACAAUGUUGUCAGUCGGGUUUGGUGCAAACAAUGUAACAUACACUGGUGCAAUGAGUGGGGACGUUUAUGUGUGGAAAGAUAACACUCUUCAAAGACUGGUACAGAAAGCUCACAAUGGUCCUGUAUUUACAAUGUUCACAACCCUGCGUGAUGGUCUUAUUGUAACUGGAGGGAAAGAAAUGCCGUCAAAGGAGAAUGGUCCAGUAAAGUUAUGGGAUCAGGAGAUGAAGAGAUGCCGAGCUUUCCCACUUCAUGAUCACGGCUCCAAGGCUGAUGUUGUCAAGUCUGUCUGUAGAAUCAAGGGUAAAAUUUUGGUUGGUACCAAAGACAAUGAUGUUAUAGAGAUUGGAGAGAAGAAUGGAGUCUUGCAGGUUCUGGUUGGCGGCCAUGCUGAGGGUGAAGUGUGGGGAUUGGACCGACACCCAGCUCUGCCACAGUUUAUCACUGCCAGCUAUGAUGGUACUGUCAGAAUAUGGGAUAUUCCAAGCAAAGCCUUGGUAGCAAAGUUGUCUGUUGGUCAAGCACGGUCAGUUGGAUUUAGUCCAGAUGGUGAAAUGAUAGCUGUUGGACUGAAGAAUGGAGAAUUCCUCAUUCUGAUGGCUAAAGGACUUAAAGUAUGGGGACGACGCAGAGAUAGGGCUGGUUCCAUUAAUGAUAUAAGAUUUAGCCCAGAUGGUAAAUUUUUGGCGGUGGGAUCAGAAGAUUGCUGUGUGGACUUUUAUGACAUCAGUAAAGGGUCAGCACUACAGAGGUCAGGAUAUUGUAAAGGAAUUCCAAGUUUUGUCAUCCAGCUAGACUUCUCCGCUGAUAGUCAAUAUAUCAGGGUAAGCACUGGAGCGUACGUACAUCAAGUGUUUGCCGUACCAGGUGGUAACUUGAUAGAAGAUGAGAAAAUUACCAGCAAGAUUACAUGGGCUACAUGGACUAGUGUGUUAGGUCAAGAGGUCGUUGGAAUCUGGCCUAAGGGUGCAGACAAAGCUGAUGUAAACUGUGCACACCUCUCCCAUCAUGGCACAGCACUUGCUACUGGUGAUGAUUCAGGCCUCGUCAAAUUGUUCGACUUCCCAUGCACAGAGAGAUAUGCACCCCAUAAAUCAUUUGUAGGUCAUUCAGCACAUGUGACUAAUGUAAGGUUUACAGCCGAUGAUAAAUACAUGAUUAGCACUGGUGGAGAUGAUUGUUGUGUGUUUGUCUGGAAAUGCAUAUAGGAUUUACCAAAUUUUGAAAACGGGACAAUAACAACUCUACGAAAGAUUAACACAUUCCUUCUCAUAAACAAUAAGUUAUUAAGAUAGUUCUGGUGUAAUAGUGAGUGGUUGUACAACUAAUUAAAGCCAUUUCAUUGGCUGAUUAACAGUCUGGUGUCAGUGUUUUAGACCAAUGAGCAUCACCUUUAGUAAUUGUUUACGUUUUUCAGAACUGCCAUUUCGUUGGUUGAUUAAUGAUCUGGUGACAGUGUUUUAGACCAAUGAGCAAUACCUUUAGUGAUUGUUUACAUUUUUCAGAACUGCCAUUUUAUUGGUUGAUUUAUUAUAUGGUGAAGAUGUUUUAGACCAAUGAACUGUAUUUUUAUAAUACUACACACAUUUUGAAGUUAUAUUUAGAAUAAUCCUUUUGGUAUUUUGUGUGUAAAGUCUGCACAUAUUUGUUGCGGAUGUGGAUAUUCAGAUCUGAAGUUUUUACAUAUCAGUUAAUAGAUACUUUUUUUGUGAUUAUAAAUAUUCAAGUUUAUAAGUCAAGUUUUAAAUAUGUUAUCUUUAUUGCUAUUUAUAAUAUAAGUAAACUUAUAUACUAGUAUACAUUUUUUUAAUGAAAUUUUUUUUUGAUUUUUUUUUUUGCUACAUCAUUUUGGAAGUAAACUAUGAAACUGAUAUUUACUAAAAUAGAAUACACUAAAAACGGAGGAAAUUAUGGUUUACUAUAAGGUUUAGAAGCAUCAAUCCUGUAAACAUAAAAAACAACAUAUAAUAACAUUUUUUUUGGUAUGUUUGUAAAACAAUGAAUGGUUUUGGUGCUCAAAAAUUUUAAUUUGCUCAUUUUCAGUCCAUUUCUCUGUCGCUUGAAUCAUUCAAAAAUAAUUGUUUUGGUUUACAUUAAAGCUGAAGUUUAAAUUCUGUUUUUUACUCUUUAUAUUAUAUCAUAUUCAGGUACAUUGUAUAUUAAGACUGUAUAAUUGCUUAUGUGUAUAUUUAGAACUAUGAAAUUAUGUACAUUAUUUUGUAUUUACAUAUUAACACAUAUCAAAGUUGUUACUUUCUGAAGAUGCUUAUUUACAUAUUUACCAUUUACUAUUGUAUGAAUUGUGUUUAAAGAGGUCAAGGUAAAACCGUCAUUUAUCAGUAGAAUUAAUUAAGGAAGGUGUUUAAAGGGGCUCUCUGAAGGUCUUGUGGUCAAGGUCUCUCACAUUGAAUCUUUUCAACCUCACCACUGUAGGUUCAAAUCCAGUGAGGAACUUUGGAUUCUUUAAUGUUAGGAAGCUAUCUAGCUAGCUUAUAGAAGGUUAUUGCUUGUACUCAGGUGACCACUUGUACUCAGGCAACCGAUGUACUUGUGUGACUGCUGGUACUAAGACCUGAUUGUACUCAGGCAGCUGCUUGUAUUCAGGUGAAUAAUGUACAGAGGAGCACAUAAAGUUUUACUUAGG